AUGUUGUACAGCAUAUAUGAAGAUUCAGAAAUCGAUAAUAUGAUCAGAGACGAGACUAGCGGAUUAUUAAAUAAUUUGAAGCAGUUCAAAUUUAUAUGCUCUGUUGUGAUCUGGUACAAAAUUUUGAGUCAUAAUAACCCCAUUAGCAAACUUUUGCAAACUGUAAAUUUUGAUAUGUCACAAGCUAUUGAUAUGCUUAGCAACUGCAAACUCUUCUUUGAAAACCAGAGAUCAGAUGAAACUUUUGAAAGCAUCAUUUUAGAAGCAACCGAGCUUGCUUCAGAGAUUCACGUGGAAGCUUAUUUCGAAACCACCACACCACGUCAUCGUGUCAGAAGCAAAACAAGAAAGUUUUUGUAUGAGGGCUCGGAUGAACCCGUUCAAGAACUCAAACAGAAAUAUAAAAUAGAUUUUUUUUCACACUAUAGAUCAAGCAAUAAAUGCCUUGGAAACCAGAUAUAA